AAAUAACGAAAGGACUUUUUGGCGGGAACGCGAGGAGUGAAGUUGUGUGAUUUGUUUUAUUUUGUCUAUUUAGUGUUUCUUCGGGUUUAAAUGUGUAAUAAUGGUGGUUUAUUAACCGUUUAAUAUCUGUGAAAGUGCACAAAUGUGGGAAAAUGAAACAAAGCCGCUGGACGUAACUUCUCGGGAUCCUCCAAAAAGUCCACUGAAAAAUCUUAGUAAAUUACCACCAUUUUACUGAGAUUAGAUUUCAUCUCAUAUCAUCUCAUUUAAUUUCAUCCUAGUUGAUUAAUGUCUCAAAUUAAUCAUUUUCAUUUCAUUUCACUCCAUAACAUCAUUUUUCAUAAAAUUAAGAAUAUAGAUUAAAAUAAGACAUGACUUAAAGGUCUCAGUUACCAGGUCAUAAAAUCUCUUAAAAAAAAAAAAAAAAAAUAACGAAAGUACUUUUAGAAAUUAAAUCGUGCCUUUGCAAUGGCUUCUGGGAGUAGUUCGAAAUUUAUUUAUUAUGAGGACCCUCCACCCGGAGCAAUCGACGAAAAGGAAUUCUUUUGCACAGAAAAAAUUGUACCUCGAAAAAUAAAACCUCAAAAUAUCGUCAUAAGAUUAAUGGAAAGAGAAAUACACGGGUCACGGAAACCUGGAUCGCAUUUUCACGUUGUUCGUGAAUUUUAUCAGAAUGUUUUUCCAAAUUUAACUAUCGUAAACGUUGAGAAACCUCCGUGCUUUUUGAGGAAGUUUAGUCCAGAUGGUAAACAUUUCAUAGCAUUCUCAGCUGAUCAAACUUCUCUGGAGAUCUAUGAAUACAGAGGUGCUUCUAGUGCAGGAGACUUAGUGGCUGGUUAUCCAACUGACUUGCUUAAUGCAGAUGCUGAUGCUCAUCACAGAAUUAGAACACAUAUAUUUUAUAGAUUCUUUAAGCCUAAGUUUACAGUGAAUGUUUGUCAACAAAGAGAUAUCAGAUCUGAUCGUCUUGGUAACAUGCCUGUGAUGGAGCAACAACUCAACAGAGAAUGCAGCUUGUUUACUGAAGAUGGUAGAUAUGUAAUAGUGGGAUCUGCAGCACAUAUUCCAGAUGACUUGAGACCACAUUUUUAUCACAUUCACAGUAACAAUGAAGCUGUCACGCCUACAAUAAGGUCCCCUUUGGAAGAUUAUUCACUUCAUUUAGUUGACCUACAUCAAGGGAAACUUUGUGAUACUAAACAUUUUAGAAUCGACAAAAUUUACCUAUCACACAAUCAAGGUAUUUAUUUAUACAAAGAAGUGCUUGCUGUUCUCUCGGUGCAACAUCAAACAAUACAUUUGUAUCAAAUUGUUGAAGGAAUGUUGAUUGAAAUUAGAAAAAUUGGACGGUAUUGUUAUGACGAUGACCCGUUUAUAGUCAGUUCAAUAAUAGGCAAAUCCAUAAAUGAGAAACCAUUUCACGAAGAAACAAUUAAUAGUUUAAAACACAGGAUACUUGUAUUUUUGUUUAAGAGAGCUAAAAAAAUCACCGACGAGACUGGUGAUCCUUUGGAGUUACGAAAGUUUUACAAGUACUUCGAUAUGUUUAAAAGUUUGAGAAUGUGGAAGAUGCAACUGUUAGAUGAAGAUCAUUUAUUUAUAAAAUACGCAAGCGAAGAGGUUGUGACUCUUAGGGUGGCUGAACCCAACAGUCAGUCAUCAUUCUUUGUCAUAUACAACAUAAGCCAGAGUAAAGUGUUGGAAAUAUACGAGAACACGUCCGAAGCGCUUUUGCAACUUUUCGAAAACUACUGUGAUUGUUUUAGAAAUGCGAGACUGUGUGCAGAUUCGCAGUUCACUUGCUCGCCAUCAAAUAAUUUAUACGCCAGGUUGACACAACAAAGGUUUAAACAGACUAUAGUUAGAGCGAUAUAUGGAGGACGUACUGAAGCAACUAAAAGAAUUUUAGCGCAAUUACCGAUCAGCGCGCAGUCGUAUAGUGGAUCUCCGUAUUUAGAUUUAGGUCUCUUCAGCUACGACGAUAAAUGGGUAUCUGUGAUGGAGAGACCUAAGGCCUACGGAGAAUAUCCCAUAAGAUUCUAUGCAAGGGAUUCGGGGCUAUUGAAAUUUAAAAUAUAUGCAGGGGUUUUAGGACAAUCUGUGCCUCCCAGUGCUCGAAGACUAGUAGCUUUCACAUUCCAUCCAACAGAUCCUUUUGCUAUUAGCGUACAAAGAACAAAUUCAGAAUACAUUGUUAAUUUUCACAUAAGGAAUGCAGUGUUUAGUUGAAAGUAACUGUAAAGUUUUGGAUCGAUUUACAAUGACUAUUUUUACUGUGAUAAAAAAACUUACAAUGUAAUAAUUAAUGAGCAAAAAAGUGAGCCGAUGGUUUAGCUAUUAGUGUCUGUUAUCUUACAGUAAGUAAUUAUUAGUUAUAUAUGUUAUUAAUUAUAUAGUUAUACACAAUUGUGGGAGUUAUUACUUUACACAAGUGUAUUAUAUUUUUACAUAUUAUUUCAAAUGUGUAAUAAAUAAAUCACUAAUAAUGCAUUUUUUUUAUCAAAGUGGUUUAUGUUUUAAUGGACCUCAAAAUAUUAUUUUGGUAAGAAUUCUCUCAUUGAGAUAGUGUCCAUUUUGCAUAGGGAAUAUGUGAAUUAUAUAUACAUAUCUGAUAAUAAAAAUAUUAUUCUAGAAAUAUAUGCCGUAAGUAUAGUUUUCCGUAGGAAUAAGUUGUUUUUGUGAGAUAAAAGGUAGCAUAUUUCAUUCUCCUGACUCCUACUACUAUUAUUAAAAAAAAAAAACAAUUAUCUAUUGCUUUUUUUGACAUGAAAGGGACAAAUACACAUACUUUCAUAUUUAUAAUAUUAGUAUGGAUAGUCUAUUUUUUACUACUCUAAAUGGGAAAAAGACUGACUCUCCGGGUGUUUAAAAUAAUUAUGAAUUACACCAGCGUGAAUGCCGUCAAUGUUAGAUAAUAAGGUCCAUCUUAAUUCCAUUUUUGGGACCGUGGUUAGCGUUGAGUAUGAUGCUUUAGGGCCUAAACAGAGAACCAGUCAAGUGUUUCGCCUAUAGUUCAGGCGUAACACUACUAUUUCUCUUCAGAAAUAGACAAGUAACUGAGAUAUAUCAGUGCCGCCUUUAAGUACGGAAAUUUAUUUUGCUGGAUUGUUUUAUUUUUAUUGCUUUGAUGGGUGGACGAGCUGACAGCCCACCUGGUGUUAAGUGGGUACUGGAGCCCAUAGACAUCUACAACGUAAAUGCGCACUCCAACUUGAGAUAUAAGUUCUAAGGUCUCAAGUAUAGUUACAACGGCUGCCCUACCCUUCAAACCUUCAAACCGCAUUACUGCUUCACGGCAGAAAUAGGCAGGGUGGUGGUACCUACCCGCGCGGACUCACAAGAGGUCCUACCACCAGUAAUGAGUUGUUGCUUAAUAAAAUGAUAUUGUAAAUUCGUCGUGGAAUUUUUUGCCAACAAAAAUCCGUUUCACAUUUGUUGAAAAUAUUUGUGAAAGUUUUAACACUUGAAAUUCAUACAUCAUUAGACCAUAGAAGUGUUAAAAUAAAUACAUACUUUUCUCUAUGUUGCAUGCAAUUUACAAACUUAAAAUGUCAUAUUAUAUCAAUUAGACAACACUUGUACAAUAAUAACCUAUACAUAACAUAACCGAUAAUAAAAAUGGUUUAAUUAACUAAUAUGACAAAAUAAAUACAAAUGCUUCAGUACAAAGUAACAAUAAAAUGCAGUUUCAACCAUUGAUGCCGUGUAAUGCGCCACAUUUCGCACCGCCUAGCUCAAACUUGCCACAUAAUAUAAUAGGGGAAGGCGAUGUCGUUGCCAUAGUGUCUUCAGGGGGUGUUCUUCAGUAUUUCUUCACACCAGUCACCCACGGUAUACACUGUCCAACCAACGCACCUUAUGGGUUACCUUAUUGGAAUGCAAAUAAACCCCUGUGGUUCGUACGCAGUAUUGGGGAUCCUUUCUCUGUCACAUCCUUCAAAUGAACAACACGUAGCUGUUUGGCCAUACACGUAUGGUGCAUGGUGGUACGCACAGAUUUCAUAUCCAACCAUAUCCUAAUUCGCCAGAAGGCGUUAUUUUUAAUCGAUACAAUAUUAUAUCGGAUAGUCAACCCGUCCAACCAUUUGAUUUAAAGUUUCACAAUGAUCGUUGGACGUCAACGACUGAUUUACAUUAUUUUUAUCCGUCGAUACGUCAAUACAAUUGGUUUCCAAGUGGAUUAAGCAAAGGCAGUGCAGCAGUUCAAGUGGAAAUGCCAAGUUUAACCAACAAUGUAUGUCAUUACGAGAUUGUUUGUAACUGUGGAGUCAAAAGAACAAAAUUAAAUUGUAAUUGUCGUGAUGACGCAAGUGCUAUGUCUAUUGAUGAGACAGUUUCGAAACCUGCAGCAAAAACUCAUAAGAAUGAAACUAAUGAGCCCUCUUCAUUGACCGUUAUUAAAAGAAACGUUAUUUGUGAAUGUAACAAGUCUGACAUAGCUGAAAGAUCGGCCUCAACAUAUUCUGAACAAGCCGCUGUCGGAAGUCAAACGCCAACUAAGCCUAAAAACAAAAGUACUUCUAUUAAGAAAACUAAAAACGAAAAGACGUGUCCGAAACGCCGCUACAAGGGACGGGCUCCCUCUAAAUCAUAUGAUACGACUAGUGACAGUUCCCAAAGCUGCAACUGCAAUAGUGAAACCGAAUAAAAUUCAAUAAAAAACUGUUAUUUUAGUGAA